AUGGGAAGAGGAGCUGGGAAUCGCAAUCUCAAAUCGGCGAUGCCCGGGGCGCUCGAUCUCCCGGAGUCGAUCAUCGCGUCGAUCCUCUCUCACACUUCUCCAGGUGAUGUAGCAAGGCUAGCGCUCGUGAAUCGAGCUUUCAGGGAUGCCGGGCGCACGGACAUCGUGUGGGAGCGAAUGCUGCCGGUCGGCUACCACAGAUUUCUCAAGCUCGCCAUUUCUUCCAUCGGCGGCGGUGGCAGUUCUUCCAAGCGGGAGCUGUACGAGCAGCUGUGUGGACACAUUCUCAUCGGAGACGGAUCAGAGGGCUUAUGGAUCGAUCGAGCUACUGCGGCUGUUUGCCACAGCUUUUCUUCGAGAUCUUUGGCUGUGACUUGGGGAAGCACCGCGGAAUACUGGGAAUGGUCCUCAAAGCAUGGCGCCAGUGAGAUUCAGCUUGGCAACUCUAGACGGAAGGGUGACGAACUCUUCGUGCUACCUGGUGGACUCCGAGGGGCUGGAUCGAAGCAGCAGUGA